CCUGAAGGAAACGUUUAGGUAUGCCCCUAAAUCCAGGGCUCCAUUUUCGACCAAGGGUUGUGUGCCGCCCAAUCUGCAACGCCCCAUCGACCUGUAGCUGCAAGAUAAUUCCGUCUCCAUUUCCUUCAAUGGGUGCUACUACCGUUCCCAGGGAUUUCACCAACUUGCGAAAUGGGAUUGGUUCCGCAAAUAAGACGAAGGUCCAGAUUUCUUCCACCCCCAGUUGUGCUCCGGCAUGCGGAAAGCUCGACGGAAUUGCCGCAUGGGUCUUAAAUGGUGUCGCUGCCGCCUUCUUCAUGUCACUAGAUCGCUGUGCUUGUAUUCACAUCGGCACCAUGGAUGAUCCUGAUGAUGUCGAAAAUGAUCACCAGCAACUGAUUUGCAAACACGGCUAUCUUGAACUUAAUUCAAGGAGAAGACAAUAUAGGAAACAUAAGGGCAAGAUCUGGGAUGUAUUAACUUCAUGAUUUAAUUCUGUUACCAUUAAUUGCACAUUAAUUUGUAUCAUACACUUUCAUGGUUAAUCAUAUCUCUUGAGAUUGAGAACCACUUUAACCUAUAAUAUUUAAUGUAAUGGCUACGAUGUAUCUUGGAAUGAAUCAAUGAAUUUAUA